AUGGAACCCUUUUUCCGUCUGGCUGAGGAAAUUAGCAACUUUGCCUGCCUGAAAGUGGCCGAAAAGUUGCGCCGUUACGGGGAAAAGGGAGGGGGAAAUGUCGCGGGCCUUAAUUGCGUGCGUGUCCCGUAUUUCAAGUUGGGAUGUUGGGAUCUCGGUGGUCAGGCAGACGAUUGCCGGGGAGCAAAAUAUGGGCUGAUGGAGUUGAUGGGCGCGAACGUAUACGCGAGCAACUUUUUACCCCCUCUGUCGUGGAGUGUACGAGGCGGGGGUCGUGAUCCUACAAACUUCGUUUUCGACGUUGAAGAAACACCAAGUGUUGCUUGCAAUGCUUUGUUUGCUGUUGAAGAAAUUUCCGGGCGGAAUAGGUACUGCUAUGAACUUCCGGUGGGAUCCAAGUACCGGAUGUGGGUCUGGAUGGGUGAAGUCGGAUCAACGUACGGGCGGGAAAGUGUCGCAUCGGUGAUGAAAACCGCGACCGAGUAUGGCUACCUGUUGUGUACAGUCGGGCUCGUCGCGGCUGCGAUGCUGAGCAAGGAGCAAGGGAUCACUGUCAUUGGGAUAUGUGCAGUCUACGAAUUCCUCGUCGUUCAAAAGAUAUCAUUGAGAGAGGUUCUUGGUGCCGGUAACGGAGUUUUGAAUGGGAAGUUUUCUAUCCCUGCUCGAUUCGGCAGUGCCAUGGCCCGAACUGCUACGCUUGUUGCUGGUGCUUUCGUGUUGCUGCUUUGCAGAGUCAUGAUCAUGGGCUCACAGUUGCCAGUUUUCACGAGGUUCGACAACCCGGCUGCUGCCGCGGGCUCCCCGGCGCGCCAGCUGACGUACCAGUACUUGCUCGGCUUGAAUUUCUGGCUCCUUUUGUUUCCCUGCGACCUCUGCUGCGACUGGACAAUGGGCACGGUGCCGCUGGUGGAGUCUCUUGCCGACUGGCGCAAUCUGGUCACGCUGGUUUUCUACGCCGGCUUACUCCGCGCCAUCUGGUGGAUCAUGUCUCUCGAAAGUGGCCAGCGUCGUGACGUCAUUGCAAUGUUUGUGGAGAUCAAAGACUAUGAACAUGAUCGUGUUACAGAUGAAGGAAUCGCUUCAAUUUACGCCUUAUUUUCUGCGUCAUUCUGA